UUUCCACCGAGAGGACAUCCCAUCUGCUUCCUUCGGUUUCUUCGGUUCCUCUCCUCCAAAGACAAUGAUCAUUUACCACCGCACCAGGUCUCUCUCUCUCUCUCUCUAUUACCACCGCACCAGGUCUCUCUCAGUCUCUCUCUCUGCAGAUUUUCGCAAAAUUGAUCCGAAACAAACUUGAAUCAUUCAGAUUAUCAGCCAAUUCUUUAUCCGGUGAUUUGAGUUCUCUCUGGAGUCAUUGGAACUUGGAAGCGAAAAGAUAACUUUUGUUGCUUACCCUCCUAUGUACUGCAGUUGGAGAUACCCAAAAGUGAUCAGGCAUGGAAGCAGGCGAUGAGGAGAGACCCUUGCUGCCCUAUCGUCAAUUCGUCAUGCAGGAUGGGGAUAUAAGCCAUACUGGUGAUGGAACAGUUGAUGCUAAUGGACUGCCUGCUGUUAAGACGAGCACAGGGAACUGGAGAGCAUGCUUCUUCGUUUUAGGUAUCGAGUUCAGCGAAUGCCUGGCCUUCUUCGCGAUAUCUAAGAACUUGGUCACCUACCUCACCAGCGUGCUCCAAGAAAGCAACGUCGACGCAGCAAGGAACGUGUCUACUUGGAUCGGCACGACAUUCUUCACGCCACUCGUCGGAGCUUUCUUGGCAGACACAUAUUUGGGGAGAUACAAGACGAUAGUGGUUUUCCUCUCGGUCUACGUCGUUGGGAUGCUUGUGCUGACGGUUUCUGCAGCACUGCCAUGGAUGCUGCAAUCCUCCAACCAAGUCCGCCGUGUCGCCGUCUACUUAGGACUCUAUCUUACUGCCCUUGGCAACGGUGGCAUCAAGCCCUGCACCUCUGCCUUCGGCGCCGACCAGUUCGACGUCUCCGACCCGGCGGAGCGCAUGAUGAAGGGCUCUUUCUUCAACUGGUACUACUUCUCGAUCAACGUCGGCUCCCUUCUGUCGACCACCGUGCUAGUCUGGGUGCAGGACAAUGUCGGCUGGGGAGUCGGCUUUGCGGUCCCUCUGCUCCUCAUGAGCCUCGGCUUCGGGGUGUUCCUCGCCGGCAGGAGUGUGUACAGGUACAAGAGGCCAGGAGAGAGGAGCCCCAUGGCAAGAGUCGCCCAAGUUGUUGUUGCCGCUACCAGGAAUUGCCGUCUGGACUUGCCCGAUGAUUGCUCUGCCCUGCAUCAGUUGCCUGCGCCAUCAGAGGCUGCCUUCCAGGUUCAGCAUACCAAUCAGUUCAGAUUUUUGGACAAGGCUGCCAUUGUCCCACCACCGACGUCGGACAAGAAAGGCCAGUGGAGGCUAUGCACGGUGUCUCAGGUGGAGGAGGUGAAGAAGCUGCUGCGGCUGUGCCCCGUGUGGGCAUCCUUGGUGGUGUUCUUCAUGGCCACGUCGCAGAUGUCAUCGACCUUGAUCGAGCAGGGCAUGGCGAUGGACAACCGCCUGGGCGCGUUCGCCGUGCCGCCGGCCUCUAUGGCUGGCUUCGACGUGCUCGCCACGCUCGUACUGAUCCCAGUCUACGAGGCCGUGCUGGUGCCCCUGGCCCGGCGGGCCACCGGCGAGGACCGGGGCCUCUCGCAGCCACGGCGCAUCGGCGUCGGCCUCGCGCUGUCCGCGCUCGCCAUGGCCUACUCGGCGCUGCUCGAGAGUAAGCGGCGGCUCGCGGCCGGCGCGGUGAGCAUCGUGUGGCAGGCGCCGGCGUACGCCGGGCUGGGCGCCGGGGAGAUGUUCGCGGUCAUCGGCAUGCUCGAGCUCUUCUACGACCGGGCCCCGGACGGCAUGAGGAGCCUGUGCACCGCGCUCGCGCAGCUAGCUGUCGCAGUGGGGAACUACCUCAACUCGGCUGCACUGGGCGCCGUGGCGUUCGCCGGGUGGAUCCCUGAGGACCUCGACAAGGGCCACCUGGACUACUUCUUCUGGGUGAUGGCGGUGCUCGGCGUCUUGAAUCUUUUGCAGUUCUUGCUCUACUCCUCCGUUCCGGCCAUGAGGCACAGCAGUGGUAGCACAACUUCCUGAUGUUAAGAGCCAGAUAGAUCCGCAUACACGCACACACAC